AGCGACAGAAGCGACAGCCGGGCACAAUUUAGUGUUGCACACUUUGUUUUGUUUACGAAUGCAGAGAAGCUAGCCUUGCUAGCGAUAAAAUAUUUCUAAACUAACUGCUGCUGAAUCGUUGCUGAAAUAAAAUGAAACCUGCAGUGGAUGAGAUGUUUCCUGAAGGAGCGGGUCCCUACGUGGACUUGGACGAGGCAGGAGGCAGCAGCGGCCUGCUCAUGGACCUGGCAGCCAAUGAAAAAGCAGUGCACUCUGAUUUCUUUAAUGACUUUGAGGAUCUUUUCGAUGACGACGACCCUACCAGUGAUGACAGUGCCUGAACACCUGUGUGUUGAUGUGAUUGUGUACAUAAAGAAAUCGUAAAAAAUGGG